GGAGGAGAAGCUAUAUGAGAUAGAAGUGGUGGAAGAGGAAUGGAGAUCGGAUUUGGACUGGUGGCUGUCGGACGAAGACCGGCGGAGCUCGAUGAGCACUGCAUUGGAAACUCAUUCAAUGCAGAGCGAAGAUGACGGGCACGAAUUAAAUACUAACGUGAUUAGUGGCGAGGAUGAUGACAGUAUUGAUGUGGAGCCGUUACACAAAGAAGGUUUUUUGAAUUCAAGAUUGCAAGAGAUAACGGCAUGCAACAACAAUGCCAACUUUGAUUUGCCGCGGGAAUUUGGAGAAGCUAAUGGGCAUGAUGCAGGCGAGGCGAAUGACGAGGGGAAUGGGCUGAUAGGGAGUGCUGUCCAUAAUGGGCUGGAGGAGAGUAUUGGGUUUACUCAAGGCCCAACAAAUGAGGUAAUUAAAGACAAUGAGGAAGAGCCCAUGGGAGAGGAUCUAGAGGAUUCCAGCACAGCUCAUAAAGAAAUAUUCAGAGACGGGAUGGGUAAAAGAAGGAGAAAAAUUACAAAUUGCUACCCGGAGGAGUUGACUGAAAUCCGAAAAGAGAGGGCAGCCUGGGUCACGGCACGGACAAAGCAGAGGGGUUUAGGGAGUAUGCUGAAGAGGAAGGAAGUGGCGAAAUUAGUGCGAGUUGAAAGACCAGAUUUCUUGUUUUUACAGGAAACCAAAUUAGAAGAGAUGGAUGAGGGUCUUUGUGGAAUGGUGUGGCAUUCGAAGGGGGAUGGGUAUCUAGGAAUAAAAGGGCUUUGGGGUGUGAAGAAGGAAAUGUGUUAUUUCGUGAAUGUUUAUGCGCCAACUAAUAGAACGAAAAAAGCUGAGCUAUGGGCUGAGUUGAGGCAAAUGAUUAUGGAGGAGGGUGGAAGAUGGCUGAUCGUAGGGGAUUUUAAUGCAGUACAUAGUAUUGAAGAAAGGAGGGGUAAAACAGGGGAGAGUCUGGAUAUGAAGGAAUUUAAUGAUUUUAUAGAGGCAGUGGGGUUGGUGGACCAUAAAUUGGCGAAUCGAAGAUUCACUUGGUAUAGACCAGAUGGCACAUCUAUGAGCCGUCUGGAUAGGGUAUUGAUGACAACUGAGAUGACCGAAUUGGGUGGAGAAUGGGUGCAACAGGGUUUAAAGAGAACUAUUUCAGAUCAUUGUGCGAUCAUUAUGAAAACCAGAGUAUCGGAUUGGGGUCCUAAACCCUUUAGGGUGCUUGAUGUUUGGCAACAACAUCCGGAGUUUAAGAGGGUGGUGGAGGAACAGUGGAAUGCAAUGGCAGUGGAUGGGUUUGCAGGUUAUAGAUGUAAACUAACAUUGAAGAUGUUGAAAGAAUUCUUGCGGGAAUGGAACAAAGGGGUGCUUGGGGAUAUAGAGGCUCAAUUUGAAAGGGCAGCUGCCAAAGUUGCACAUGUGGACAUAAAGAAUGAAGAGUUUACAUUGGAUGAAGAUGAGGUACAUGAAAGACAGAAGGGCUUUCAGGAGACAUGGGAUAGUAUGAGGAAGAGGGAAGCUUUAUGGAGGCAGAAGUCAAGAAGUAACUGGGUAAAAUUGGGGGAUGCAAACACCAGAUUUUUCCAUAAAAUUGCAAAUGGACGGAAGGCUUGUAAUGGCAUUGUAGGGCUCUCAUGUGACGGACAAUGGGUGGAGGAGCCAGAGCUGGUAAAAAAGGUGGCUGUUGAUUAUUUUCAAAAGUUGUUUUGUGGAGAAUCAUGGAACCGUCCAAAACCAUCUAGCAUUAUUUUCAAGCAGAUUUCGGAGGAGAUGAAGGUAUGGCUAGAAAGAUCAUUUUUGGUAAAAGAGAUUGAAGAUGGAUUGAAGAGUUCAAAGGUGUUGGCAAAUAGGCUUAAGGAGGUAAUGUCACAGAUUAUUAGUGAUACUCAGUCUGCUUUUGUUGGGGGGCGUCAGUUGGUUGAUGGAGUGCUAGUCUUGAAUGAAGUUGUUGAGGAGGUCAAGAGACGAAAGCACCAAGCUUUUAUUUUUAAGGCCGAUUUUGAGAAGGCCUAUGAUUGUGUCGAUUGGUCAUUUCUGGAUUGGAUGAUGAACAUGUUCGGUUUUGGAGUGCGAUGGAGAGGAUGGAUAAAGGAGUGUCUUUCAACAGCAAGAAUCUCAAUGUUAGUGAAUGGAAGUCCAAUCGAGGAGUUUACGAUGGGAAAAGGGUUAAGGCAAGGGGAUCCUUUAUCUCCUUUUUUGUUUCUGAUGAUUGCCGAGGGGUUACAUGGUCUAGUCAAAAAAGCUGAGACAGAGGGCCUGCUACAUGGAAUCGAUGUGGGUAGCAAGGGAUUGACUAUUUCUUUGCUCCAAUUUGCGGAUGAUACGGUAAUCUUGGGAAAAGCAAAUGAAGAGAAUAUUUUUACUGUGAAAACCAUUUUACGAUGGUUUGAAUUGAUGUCUGGACUGCGAAUCAACUUUUGUAAAAGUAGUAUUGUCGGAUUUAAUGUGGCACAGAGAUGGUUAAAUGGAGCAGCAACUGUUUUGAGAUGUGGUGUUAGGAAGCUACCUUUUGUGUAUUUGGGAAUGCCUGUGGGUGGAAACCCUGGGACUAAGAAGUCGUGGGACCCAGUGUUGAAUAAAUUUCGAACCAAGCUUGCCGUCUGGAAAUCUGCUUGCUGUCCUUUGGUGGCCGCAUUACUCUGCUUAAUUCGGUACUCUCUUCCUUACCUAUUUUUUAUGUCUUUAUUUUUAGCACCUAAUUGCAUGGUGUCUGAGUUGAUUAGAAUACAGAGGGAUUUUCUGUGGGGAGGGGCUGAAUUAAAGAGGAAGAUUCCUUGGGUUAGUUGGGAGAUGGUGUGUCGUAGUAAGGAGAAGGGUGGGCUAGGAGUCACGGAUUUGAGGAGGAGGAAUUGGGCACUUUUAGGGAAGUGGUGGUUUAGGUUGGGUGAUGGUGGUGAGAGCCUAUGGAAACAGGUCGUUUGGGAUAAAUAUUAUGGAGGUCGGAGGGAGGUGGACAUUAGGGCAGUAGAUAGUGUGAGGGUGUCUAGGAUUUGGAGGGAUGUUAUUAGUGUCGAGGGAAAAUCUAUCCAAUUACAAGACAUGUUAGGGAAGGGGUUUAGGUGGAUGGUUGGAGAUGGAAGGCGUGUAGGUUUUUGGCAUGAGAUUUGGGUGGGGGAUAAAUCUUUAAGGGAUUUAUGUCCUAGGUUAUUUGAGCUCGCUAUGAAAAAGGACGGUAUGGUUUGUGAAAUGGGGGGUGGGAAAGGGGCUUAUGGAGAUGGAAUAUUGACUGGAGAAGAGGGAGAAGAGAGAUACGCAGUGAAGAAGGCUUAUGAGUUUCUGUCACCAAUGGAGUCCAUUCUUCCUGAUCAAAUUUGGAGGGAGCUAGGGGCCUGUCUUUUCCUUAUUGGGUCUUGGUAUAUUUGGUAUUGGAGGAACAUUAGAGUUUUCCAGAACAAAGGGGAGUGUAGGGACGGUUUGCUCCAUAUGAUUCAGUCCAAAAUGUUUUUGUGGAUCAAAAAUAAGGUGGUUGGAAGUCUUUUCUCGUUAUUUGAUUGGCAAUUUCAUCCACUGGAAUGUGCUACUGCCAUAAGGAAGCAUAGAAGCCCGCUGAGGGAGUUCCGUAAGCACAAAAAUGGAGAGCAUGCUGAGUAGUGUGAUUGGUUUUUUAGUUUAAAUGUUUCUUGAGAAUUUGUAUCUUGGUUAGACUAUUUUAAUAGUUUGUAUUUGGGUUGGAGUACCCCUUGUACUCUAUAUAAUCAAAUCUCAUUUAUUUU